UUCCUGCCUAGGAAACUAGCCGAUACACUCGUGACCCAAAUGGAACGCAUCCUCGAGCGGUCUCGUAAAUCCUCGGACCUUCUCGGCUUUCCCCGUUAAUCUCGGUCGGUUAGCUAGCCAAGCUGAUUAGCCUGUUACUACAUGCUAAUGUUUUUGGGACAUAUGAUGUCAGCGGAAUCCGGGUGGAUGAUACGAAGAGUGUAGAAAAAUGGCGGACGUCGAGGGACAAGGAAUUUGUUCAACGGUCCCCGAGUUGCCUCACCCUUCUUCUCGCAACGGCUCCGGCAGCGGUAACGUUACACCGGGCGGCACCGGCGGCAGCUGCCAGACGGCAACGACCGUUACUUCGGGCCCACGGCUAGUUCGAGUCGUGAAGUCCGACUCCGGCUACGGUUUCAACGUCAGGGGGCAAGUUAGCGAGGGCGGACAGCUACGGAGCAUCAACGGGGAACUGUACCCUCCGCUGCAGCACGUCAGCGCUGUCCUACCGGGAGGUGCCGCCGACAGAGCCGGUAUUUCGAAGGGAGACCGGAUUCUCGAGGUUAAUGGUGUGAAUGUAGAGGGGGCGACCCACAAGCAGGUGGUGGACCUGAUCCGGGCUGGGGAGAGGGAGCUGGCGCUGGCCGUGCUGUCCGUCCCUCCCCAGGAGACCGACUGCUUGGAUCCGGGAGACGACAUUUCAACCCAGUCCUGCUACGACUACUCCGACAAGCAGGCCGUCCCCAUCUCAGUGCCGAGCUACAAACACACCGAACUCAACCAGGAAAAGUUUGUGGUAUAUAAUGUGUACAUGGCAGGCAGGCAGCUGUGCUCCAAGCGUUACCGCGAGUUUGUGAUCCUACACCAGAACCUGAAGAGGGAGUUUGCCAUCUUCACGUUCCCCAAGCUGCCCGGGAAAUGGCCUUUUUCCUUGUCGGAGCAGCAGCUCGACGCGCGACGCAGAGGCCUUGAAGAAUACCUGGAGAAAGUGUGCUCUGUACGGAUAAUUGGAGAAAGUGACAUCAUGCAGGAGUUCCUGUCUGAAUCGGAUGAGAACUAUAACGGCGUGUCUGAUGUGGAGCUGAGGAUAGCCAUGCCCGACAAAAGCCCGCUCACCGUUAGAGUUUGCAAAAAUUCUACCACUGACCAGGUGUACCAGGCCGUAGUGAUGAAGCUGGGGAUGGACAGUGUAACAGCCAGCUAUUUUGCUCUGUUUGAGGUCAUCAACCACACUUUUGUGCGUAAGCUCGCCCCCAACGAGUUCCCCCACAAACUGUACGUACAGAACUACACGUCGGCCAUCGCAGGAACCUGCCUCACCCUGCGCAAGUGGCUCUUCACCACAGAGGAGGAGAUUCUACUCAAUGACAACCAGCUUGCUGUCAACUACUUCUUUCACCAGGCCGUGGAUGACGUGAAGAAAGGCUUCAUCAAAGCAGAGCAGAAGUCCUACCAGCUGCAGAAGCUGGCUGAGCAGAAGAAGCUGUCCAUGUACAUGAGCCUGUUGAGGGACUGCGAGGGCUACAAUGAGAUCAUAUUCCCACACUGUUCCUGCGACUCCCGGCGCAAAGGCCACGUCAUCACAGCCAUCAGCAUUCGCCACUUCAAGCUCCACGCUUGCACCGAGGAAGGGACACUCGAGAACCAGGUGAUUGCGUUUGAUUGGGGGGAGAUGCAGAGGUGGGACACCGAUGAAGAGGGCAUGGCCUUCUGCUUUGAAUAUGCUCGAGGGGAGAAGAAACCACGCUGGGUCAAGAUAUUUACCCCCUAUUUCAACUACAUGCAUGAGUGCUUCGAGAGAGUCUUCUGUGAGCUGAAGUGGAGGAAGGAGGUGGAAGAGGAAGCUACAGACAAGGACAAUAAGAACUGCAGUAAAGAUGGUAUGUGUGGCAAGAAUAUUUUCCAGCUGCUGAGGCACAGAAGGGAUGGAGGCACCUAGGAAGGGAGAUUGUUACCUCCUAACUAGACGCCGUCGUCACCGACCCAGCUCAGUUCAGCCCUCAUCAGGCCGCAGACCCAGCAACACUCUGCUGUUAUCCACAUGUUCAUCAUUUAUACUCCAUCAGCUUCAACCUCAGAAGCUGCCCUCGACACAUGCAAAUGAACAAAUCCAAUUAUCUGAACCAUAAACUCUUGAAUCCAGCGCACCAUAAUCCUGCAUUGAAUAGAGCUCUGAAAGAGAAAUGAGUUCUGUCUAGACUUAAAACCAUGGAUUCAUCCAAUCCUUCUUCUUAUUGGCAAGGACUUGAAAUGCAACGUGACUCGGGGGGGUUAUGAGGCUCUGCAGGAGUCCUGCUGGGUAGAGAAAGCUGAAGUAAAUAUGGAAAUAUUGUUGGAUUUAUAAGGGAAAGUGAGGCUGCGGGUUGACUUCAGGAAGACACCUGAUCUUCUCCAUUGACAGAUGGGAGCAGCAGUUCUUUGUCCUCUUGGCCAGUUGUUAGCGUGUGAGUUACCGUGCUUAUUAACUAUGCGUACAAGGGACUCCGAAAGCCAAGAAGCUGCUCAGAGUGUGGCCCUCAGAAUGUAAGUCACAGCUGAAUAACACACAUUUCUACCUGUUUGGCUAUCAAUUUUCAUUUACGAAAGACAACUGCUAACAUUGUAUUGUGGCAAAAGAGAGAAAGGAGGGAGAGAAAGUGUACGUUUAUUUUUUUCAUUCAGAGACACAGCAUUGCUUAUUUGACACACGAGCUGGAACAACGUUUAACUUCACUCUAAUGUUGCACUUUAUUGAACCGUACUAAAUCACGUCCAAAUGUGGGACAUGUAACUUAAGCGACAGAUAUUGAGCAUAUUACUGGAACUAGCCCGCGCUUCUUUUACCUUUGACUGACAACACAACAGUAUGAUUAUGUACUGCAUCAUCAAAUGGCACGUGCAGUGUUCUGUGAGUCAUGCAUUCAACUUUUGUCUAUUUAUAAUGUGAACACUCUGUGCAAACGUGUUGAGGCCAUUGCAGAGCGGCCUUGAUGGAGUGCGUCAUGUUUACAAUGUAUUACCAAUAAGAGCCAACAGGGGUCCUCAGCCUCCUUCCUGCAGGCCCUGAUUACUUGGGCAGGGUUAUUAUACGCCUGUAAUCCAGAAGACCUUUACAAUCGCAGCACUAUUUAUCUCUGUAGUUCGCAGUAAUGUCGAACCUCUUAUGCAUUCGGGGUUCCGCGUUCAAUGGAAAGAGGAGUUCUUUGCAGAUAAGAACACUUUAUCAACCAGAUAGAUACAAAGAUAACGGAGUAUGUUCACUGAAGGCUUUUGUAGCAACUGAUCACAGAGCUGUAAUUCAAGGUCUCUCUAAACGAGUCCACUUAAUGUUGUCGUUCCUAGAAUAAUAUAACAGACCUAACGUCAUUUGGCGUAAAUUGAUAUUCUGAUGAUGCAACAAUGAUUUAAGGCUGACAGAAAAUGUAUUACACGACAUAAUAUGAUCACAUGAUGCCAUUAAAGAGUCCUUGCUCAGUGCAAUGUUAUUAUGGUACUACCAUAUUCUGUAUGUGAAAAUGUGACUAAUUUAUGCAAGAACGCUUGUAAGAUAAUCAAACGGAUGCUCGAGGAAAAGACCUGUGUUAGAUGAGAUGAAACUUCAUGUGUGCAAAAACAAACCCUCCCCAACUCAUUUUCUUACUUUCUAAUUAAGUCCUGUGAGCAUUGUAUGAUGCCAGUGAAUGUUUGUAAACGCUAAUAUUCCAUUUUAACCCAUCGCUGACUCCUGCUUGGCCUAUAAUGAGAAUGUUGACAGUAUUCUCUCCUCAGCUAAAAGCAAGUGAAGACUCAGAGGUGGAGAUCAGUGGCUCUUGCUAGCAGUGCUUCUUUUAAUGAAGGUGCUGCUCACUUCUGGGGUGAUUAAUGACCUUCAACAGACUUUGGCGGCUUUGCAAAUGAGGUUUGAUUGAAUGUGUUGAGCCUUGAAUCCUAAAGACUGAAUUCAUUUCCCUGGAUCCUUGUCUGUUUUACUGCGCUCGUCUCCCUCUCUUUCUCUCUUUCUCAUCCUGACUAAAGUUAAGUGUCACUCUUUUUAUUUAUUUCAAUAAGAACCUUCAGCAUCUUUAAGUUUUUCUCCUGAAACAGUGUGACUUUUUGAAAGCCAAACUAAGAAAGUAAUGGAGAUUGACAACCUGCAGGUUCUCGGACAUGUUGACAUGAGAACUUAAAGACAAAGUGUUUGGUUACGUCGUUUACUGUAAGAAAUUGUAACAUCCAGUAUUCUUUUAAAUAAACCAAUUUAUUGAUGCAAAAA